GGGCGCGUUGCAAAGUUGAGUUAUGCGUUAUUAAUGGUUAACAAAGCUCGGUUGCGUCCUGUACGCGAGAAGAUAUCAACACUAAAGCUAAAAUUUUGCCGUUUUUCACUCUAUGGUUUUAUGUUGCUCGGUAUGUUUGUGUGUGUAAAAAAGUGUUUGUAAAAGAAGCGAAACGAAAAAAAUGCACGACAGGGAAAAACUCUUUUACGCAUUAGCGAUUGGCCCUAUUACAGUUGCAACUCUUUAGAAUGACUUUAGAGUCGGCUGCGGGCUUAGCUGUAUUUGUGUUUGUGCCUGCCAUAGCAAUUUAUUUGUAACGUACGCGCACGCAGCAGCAACUACGCAAAAGAACAAAGAACGGCAGUGCAGCGACCAGUCGAAGCAGCAACAGCAACAACUACCAAUUGGUACAACAACAACGCCAUCGAGAGUCAUAAUUUCCUGGUCACACACACACACACACACAUACGAACAAACGCACACAAGAUUUGGCGUUCAAUCUGUGGAUAUAGAUGUGCAUAAGUGUGGGUAGGAUCGAAAGGGGAAGUGAAAGCGUACCGGCGGUCGUCCGGUCAACAAAGAACAUCCAAAUCGUCGGAAUCAGCAAUCUACAAUUCUGGGUGCCACAAGAACAGCCUAUUGCUGCAGAUUAGCGUGUGCGCGUAAAAUGACCAAUUCAGGACGCAGUCAUCGAUUCGAUCAAACAUUCCUGAGCGCCACAGAACUCGACGAUGAGCUAAUCAAGCAACUGCCAAAGGAGGUUCUCCUGCGUGUCUUCUCCUAUUUGGAUGUCGUAUCCCUAUGCCGCUGCGCACAGGUGUGCAAAUAUUGGAAUGUGCUCGCCUUGGACGGUUCCAGUUGGCAGAAAAUCAAUUUAUUCGAUUUUCAACGUGAUAUCGAGGGUCCUGUGAUUGAAAAUAUAUCACAAAGAUGCGGCGGCUUCUUGAAAUCAUUGUCGCUGCGUGGUUGUCAAUCGGUGGGGGAUCAGUCCAUAAGAACUCUAGCGAAUCACUGCCACAAUAUCGAACACUUGGAUCUAUCGGAGUGUAAGAAAAUCACAGAUAUAUCAACACAAUCUAUAAGCAGAUAUUGCGUUAAACUGACGGCCAUCAAUCUGGACUCAUGUUCCAAUAUAACAGAUAAUAGCUUGAAGUAUUUAUCGGAUGGGUGUCCGAACCUGCUGGAAAUCAAUGUGUCCUGGUGCCACCUGGUCUCUGAGAAUGGUAUCGAGGCCUUGGCGCGCGGUUGUGUCAAACUACGAAAAUUCUGCAGUAAAGGUUGUAAACAGAUAAACGACAAUGCCAUAUCGUGCCUGGCCAAAUACUGUCCCGAACUAAUGGUGCUAAACUUACACAGCUGUGAGACUAUAAGCGAUGCCUCAAUACGCCAAAUAGCCGCCAACUGUCCAAAACUACAAAAACUUUGCGUAUCCAAAUGCGCCGACCUAACUGAUCUCUCGCUCAUGGCGCUCUCCCAGCACAACCACCAGCUGAACACGCUCGAGGUAUCUGGAUGUCGCAACUUCACCGACAUUGGCUUUCAGGCGCUGGGCCGCAAUUGCAAAUACUUGGAGCGCAUGGACUUGGAGGAGUGCAGUCAAAUUACAGACUUGACGCUGGCGCACCUGGCCACCGGCUGUCCCAGUCUUGAGAAAUUGACUCUAUCCCACUGUGAACUGAUAACGGACGAUGGCAUACGCCAGUUGACCGCCGGAAGCUGUGCAGCGGAGAGCCUAUCCGUCCUCGAGCUGGACAAUUGCCCCUUGAUAACGGAUCGGACGCUGGAGCAUUUAGUGUCGUGUCACAAUCUGCAGCGCAUCGAGUUGUUCGACUGCCAGUUAAUAUCACGCGGUGCGAUACGCAAACUAAAGAAUCAUUUACCUAAUAUUAAGGUGCACGCCUACUUCGCGCCCGUUACACCGCCCGCUGUGACCACAGGACACCGACCACGCUAUUGUCGCUGUUGUGAGAUUCUCUGAGAUACGGCGAUUGGCUUUGCCAGAAAGAUAAUGCGCAAAACCGCCACGGACUGAUGUUGGGAUGUGUUUAUCGUUAUGUUUAUUAUCGGAACGUCGCUGACGCUGUCGUUGGUGUAUAUGCUCGGCCUCUACCUUGGCAUCUGGUAAAUAAUAACUGGAACGAGCCGAAGGGCCUAAGAGACAGACAGCACACGAGUCAAUGGGAUGAGCAUCAACACUCAACACACAGAAAACACAACACAACAAAACAAAAACACACACAAACAGACACAGAUACACUCACACAUUUACCUAAAUCCAAGAUUCUAAUGUCUAAAUGCAAUGAAACGAAACGAAACAAAUGGAAGUAACGAAAUUUUAAUCUAACAUAGCUCUAGUUUAAGGUCGUGAGUUUUGAAAACUUGCAUCAACAUAACAUUGUGAUUAUUUCUUUUUAAUUAUUAAUUUAAAUAGACAUUUUAAUUUUAUAUAAAUGCA